AUUUGUUUGUUUCCUGUGCCACUAAUCAAUCACACCACUGUGAUCAAAGUAACAAAUCCACGUUCAUCGAAACAAUGGGAAACGAAACAAAAUGCGGACCCUGACAAGCUGUCUUGGUAUUCUUCGGGUGCAUUCAUGCCCGAUGGGCAUCCCGAACCAAUGGUAAAACAUUCUCAAAAACAUGAUAAUUAUUACAGCACACGACCUUUUCUCGAGGUUGAUCCCCGCACCGCCAAUGAUUUAUUCGCCUUGUUUAGCGCGUGGUCGUAUUCGCAUAGUCGUUGACAGGUCAAGAGUAUAAACUGCCCCCCACGGUUAGACCGGAUGAUGGAUACUCUUUAACUUUGUCGGAGGACAAUAGACUAGGUCUCGGAUGAAUGAAAACAUUCUACUUGGCCAUGCAACGGGCUCGCCUACCAGCGCAAGUGACUAUUUACAAUUUAUAGAUACGCCGUUAAGCAAAAGACCCAGUUCAAUAAGACGACAUAACGACGUCAGCAAAGACAGAUCGAAGGAUCCGACAACAAAUUGCCAGAAUAGGCACAAACACUGUUGCAACGUCUUUUUCCGCUGAGCCUUGGCCUGCAGUCGCGAAGCCACCGCCUAGCCCGCAGAUAUCCAAUCCGAAAGGGCUCGAAGUUCUUGGGUGCAUCGCUCAGCCCUGGGAUAGUUUGCUGUGUGGGACAGCUCAAAGUGGUGUAGCUUCAACAGACACAGCCUCUCUUACGGCACCUUUCCCCCGCCCGCUUACUUUUCGAAUCAACAUCUUCCCCCCAUCCCGACUUUUUCGGAAAAGCCCUUCCACUCAUGAUCGUUCGUUCGUCGAGUUGCCGUUUGCUCACACACUCAGUGACAAAGUAGGACAAAGGUUUUUUUGCUUGCAUUUUUUAUUACACCUUUUAAACUACUUUUAGAUUGGUUUCUCCUACUAUCCUCAUCGGACUUGGCCAAGACCAAAUCACAUUUUGGAAAGACACAACACAGCACUGCGUGCUUUGGAGGCCAAAACUAUUUCGCAGUGCUGUGCACAUUGAAGACUGAACUACGACACCCUCGCAGACCUAACCGAGACAGCUGAAGCCAGUCGAAUUGAGACUCCUUGACUUUUCCCUUCUUCUUUUCUCUUGCUAUCGAUUGCCCCCAAGGGGCAAAGACGGUGCUGUAUCAACACAAAAUUUUAUUCUCUCUCAACUGCCAUUCUCGCAUCUUCGUCUCAAUCCAGUUCAUAUUCAGACGUUAUGGCAUGGGGCCUUUCAAGCUGGCUUGGCCUGACGCGAUGUGUCCAGAUCGUUGCCUCGCUGAUUGCCAGCGCCCUGCACGGGUUCCUAUUUGGAUGGCUCUCAAUUAAUAGGCUGGGAAUGGCAAACAAUGUCAUCGUGCUUCAAUUCAUGAUGACCGCCUGGUUUUGUUUUGUCGUCAUUGCCUUUAGCAUCGUCCACACUAAGGGCAGAUCAACAAAGACCACAUUGCUCGUCGCCACCAUCGUCGGAGACAUUUGCUUCAUCUGGAUGGGUCUGGCUAUGAUUACACUUCUUUCACACGCUGGCGUGCCUGCUCACUGUGCAGGCCUUACCAAAUCUAUUUACGCAGAUGACGACACUCGCCGUGAACCCGCGAAAGGGUAUACCAGCAUUCGCUUCACUAAUCAAUGGAACGGUGCCAAGGGCGAGUUGGAUCGUUACUGCGCCCUCGAGCGCAUCUUCUACGGCGCCACCCUUCUCCUGAUAAAUCUCCAGCUUAUCACCGUCAUCCUCUCCGUCCUCCGCAUCUGCCAGGGCACCUACAUCAAAAAGACCGAGGCGAACGCGCAGACGAGCGAGCAGAUCCUACAAGUCCUGCGCGAGGAGGAGAAAACUAGGUCCAAGGCGUAUCCGCAGAACAGUUUCGCCUCGGGCAGCGGAGACACUGGGGUCGUGCAGCAAAAUCAAGGCCACAGCCAGUGCGAUAUCGCCUCGAUCCAGCCCAUGCCGAGCGAAGGAGGAUUGAUGUCGAGGACCUCGAUGUUGAAUUCCCGGGCACACCCGCAUCACCACCAUCAAUGUCAGCACCACGGCCAUCACCACGCUCAGCAGCAACCGCUGCUGUCUCCGGUCAGCCCGACCACCCCGACCUUCUUCUCAGAUCGAGCAGGACCUUCAUCCCCAAUAUCCACCCCGGGAGUACACCAAUCAAGUACGACGACCUUUAACGAGUUCGAGACGCCCGAAGACGAGGCCGCCGCCGCGGCAUUGAUCACCGACGGAUCUUCGGGAGGACGUACGGACCUCGAGGCCGGGUACGGCGGCAGCUCGGGCCUGCCUCCCUACACCCCGGGGAGGUUAAAUCCCAUGAACGGCCACGGGAACGAGAGCAACGAGAUGCGGCUCAGUGGCUAUGUCAAGGGGGAGACAAGGGCUCAGAAUAUGAAGGAUGGGAUGCGAUGAGGCGCCGGCAGGGAGUUACGACCAUAAAACGACAGAAUGAAACAAGCGUAUCCUAUUUUUUCCCUCUUAUUUUUGGAAAUGGCUUGCAAAAACAGUGGCAAGCUUUAUUUUCGCUUGAGGAAUUCUUUUUUCUUCUUGUUUGCACGAUACCAUUAUGGAAACCAGGCGUUCAUUAUAGGCGGACGAAUCCCUCGAGAGCGUCACUACAGAUUUUGGUUUUGUUGUUUGGGAUAAAAGGUUGUUAUUUCUACUUUCCCUCUUUCUCGUUUGGUCAAAUCUGGGAUGGGCUAGGUAUAAUACCACUUUAUUAGAAGUCUUUUCUUUUUCUUACCCAAUUUUAUUUGUGUUUAGAAAUCCUUUCAUCUCUGUUCCAUAUUCAGGAGUUGGUGGUACGAAAAUGCGUAUAGCACCUUAAAAACAAAUCAGCUCUGGCUAUCGAAUGCAAACCUAGAAAACAACACAAACAAAACUACAUUGGAUGUUGAAAUCCGGGUAUCAUUCGCACCCUUGACAGAAUUCAAUCCCAACCUUUACGAAAAAAAAACGCACCAUCCAUAAAAUUCGAACCCGCUUAAGCAAAUAAACUCUUGAAAUACAGAACCCCA